AAAUUUAAAAUAGCAGAUCUUGGAUUUUGGUGCAAAAUUCACUCACUCAUUUGGCUGAUGUCAGUUCGUGAUGAAAAUAUUAAAUCUAAUUCCUAACCCAGACAUCCAGCUGUAAAUCCCAAUCCUAAUUCCUCACACAAAUAUAUAACCUUCAUUUAACCCUGGUCGUCCACAAAUUAAACUCUGACCGUAUUUUGUAUGAUUUAUCUCACUUUCGACUACCGGUUUUCUGAUAAAUUAAAGGCCAUUUUCGCUAAUUUGGCGAUAGACUUUACUGGCUGGGUUCAAAUAAAAAGCCCCUUUGAACUUUUCCCUUGUCGUCCUGACGUUCAUAUUUACUUAGGCGUGAUUCUGUAUCUUUAGGGUCAGUGCGCUGUAUCUGUUGCUGGUUUCAUUUCUCAAAUCUUAGGUUGAGCAUAAACUUUAUUAACAUCUGUAGGUACUACAACCAUGGAUCGCGAUUAUGCUCCACUUUCGUCCGGCUGUGUAAAGAACCUUGUGGAUAAGCUUUUUGAUAAACGCAAAUUGGCAUCCCAAGAAAUCGAAAGAGUUGUCAAGGAUUAUAUUAGUCAGGAUAAGCUUUCAGAUAUUUCUCGGAUCAUUGGAUACUUCAGCCAGGACUUUAUUCAGUCUGCCAACCCUCAUACUCGGAAAGGUGGUUUAUUUGGUCUAGCUUCUGUGGCGAUCGGACUAAAUGAGGAUGCACGUUUUUUUCAUGGACCAAUAAUUUUACCUAUAAUUCGCACAUUCCAUGAUAACGACCCACGCGUACGACAUUAUGCAUGUGAAGCCCUUUUCAAUGUGAUGAAAAUAACUAGGAAAGAGACGUUAAAUUACUUGAGCGAUGUGCUUGAUGCCAUUAGUCGAGGUGUAUCGGACUCUGACUCCUCUGUUCGUCCGUCAGCUUUACAAUGUGAUAGACUUUUAAAGGAAAUUAUCAUGGAGACUGAAGUUUGUGACUUAACAGAUAUUGUCUUAUUACUGAAAGAACGUAUUUACACGAACAAUCCGUAUACUCGUCAGUUUAUUGUUUCUUGGAUCACUACCUUAUAUGCUAUACCUGGACUAAAAAUUUCUGUUUACUUGCCGCAAUUAUUGGAUGGGCUUUUCCGUAUACUUGGCGAUCCGAAUCCGGAUUUACGAAGGCAAUGUGAAAUGCUUUUAACGGAUUUACUCAAAGAGAUUGAAGCUAAUCCAAAUGAAAUUGCAUUGGAUACAAUGAUCAACAGUUUAAUUGUGCACUGUCGACUUUCAGCAACAGCUUGUGCUUUGGCCGAUAUCGCUUUGAAGCCAUCAUCUCCACGUAACUCUCAGUUUUCUAAUCUCCUCAAUUCAUCAAUCGUUGUUGACACGUCGGCUCAAAGUAUUAGUCUCACACAAACUGCUCAAAACGCUUCUGAUUCGUGGUCCUUAAAAAGCGGAAAUAUAUGUAACGCACCAGAACAAUUAAAACAACGAGCGGCACUAAAGUGGAUAAAAACAUUUGUUGAAAUAGAUCCACAUCAUAUGCUUCCAUAUGCUUCAGGAAUUAUUGGUGCUGUUCUUCCCUGCUUUAUGCUCUGUGGACCGUCUGAUGCUCUACAAGAAAGAAAAGUUGCUCUCGAGACAGCUGUGUGCAUAAACGAAACACUUUUGAAGGCUGUUAGAUUAUUCAAUUCAUGUACUAUGAAUGAUUUGGAUUCACGCGAAUCGAAAGCUCAUAGUGCAAUGGAUUCGCAUCGAGUCUCACUGAAUUCAGGAAACCAAAGUGAAUCUUUAGUCAAGUUUUCACAGGCUGAAAGUUCAACUAAACAGUUUACAGACUCAUCUCUUAACACUACAACUGAUUCACUAUCUGGUGAACAAAACAGUUCACGAAUUUUGUGCACAGAUGCAAUCUUAGAAGCUACUUUUCAACUUCUUAAUAAUUCAAGUUUAUUUACUCGCUUGGCAGCACUACGCUGGAUUACCGUACUUGCAGAAGUUUGUUCAGCUGAUGUUUUUUCUCAUGUUGAUCGUCUUUUACCGGAAAUGCUCAAACUAGUUUCUGAUCCUGCUGAUGAAAUGGUGCAUUCUACUAUUUCAUUGAUUGGAAAACUCAGUCACCAUACUACUGCUGUUGGUAAUAAUUAUCAGAAUAAAGAAUCUGUUAUUUUACCUCAAGAACUGGUUAAGUUGCUUCAUGAUCCGGCUGUAGUGAAUGGAGAAAAUAAUAGUCAGAUUUCUGAUUGUUCAAUGGAGACUUCAUCUCAAGAAUCAUUACCGUCAUCAUCUGCUCCAAAUACAUUUUGUUUACGAUUUCUUUUGGACUUAGUCGAAUUGUUUAACAAAGAUUCAGAAUUAUUACGGAAACGUGGAGAUAUGAUUAUUACCGAUCUCUGUCAAGUUCUUGGUGCUGAUACGGUUUACUGCACCGUUUCAACAAUUAUUUCUUUCAUUAAACCAUUGGAGUCUGCAUUUGUACUGGUACAAGCGUUGAAUCGAAUUCUUUUAACUCAACCAGUGUUACAUAAUUUCCGUAAACAAUUACGUUGUAUUAAUACGAAGGCCCAAUGUCAGUUGUUUGAAAAACUGUAUCGUGCUUGGUGUUAUAAUCCUGUUUCUCUGUUAGCACUAUGUAUGCUAACUGAAAAUUAUAAACAUUGUAGCCGUUUAGUGAAAUCAUUGUAUCCUUUUAAUUGGAAAAAAGUAAAAUUUUAACAAUGUGGAUUUAAUUUUUAAUCAGUUUUUUAAAAGCAUAUAAAAUAAAUAAAAUGGUUAGUUUUUUAAUGAUUUAUCAUUGAAUAGAACUAAUCUAUAGUUUGAGAUUUAAAAGGACAUUUGUAAAUAUGUUGUACGUACAAAGAGCAUGCAACAAUUAUUUCUGGUAUCGUUGUAUUCUAUUCAUCGUAGUUAACAGACGAGUUAAUCGAUUGAAGAUAGUAGUGGUAUAACUUACCACAUGUCGUAUCUCGAGUUUAAUAAAGCUACACAUUUUGCAAUGAAUUCUAAGGAAGGAAGUGGACUUGGCAGCUUCGCAAAAAUAUUCAGAUCACUCUGUUAAUUACACCUGCUGUAUGCAAGGUAAAUGAACUCCUUUGACCAAUAAUCGCGGUAGAUAGAGUGAAAUCCAAACCGUUAUCCUACUAGUGGAAUUACUAUGUCUGAAGAACUGAAGGAUGCUUUUGGUGAUUUUUGACAAAAUUUACUUCCUUUCCUGACUUCAGAAUUAAACAAGUCACAUCAUAGUGCCAUAAUAUCAAGUAUCAUUUUUUGAUAAGUAAUAUACAUUUGGUUACCAUAUCUAAAUAAUAUGUAAACCAUUACUUCGUUCACAAUUUUACCUCAUUCAAAAACUAUCCCGGUUACGUAUGCGUUGAGAUAUACGUUUUUUUUUCAAAAUAAUUUACAAUCUCAUUGAUUCAUUUCUGUAUGUUACAAACAGUUAUGAAUUUUCAUAAAACUCAUAGUGUUGAUAAUCGGAUAAAUAUCAUUGUUCGUUUGUGCGUUGCGUAUAAAGAAACCGGUGUUGUAGCUUUAUUGUAUUUUAUUAAUUAGAAUAGAGAAGGAGAUUUGAUAAACAAUCACAUGUCAACUAAACGAUACUUCGUUCAAAUAGGCAAUGGAUUUUUAUGCGUAAGGUAGUGCGUUCUGCAUAUUACAUUCUGCUGCAUGCGUUAGCUUUAUUUCUUAACGAUAUUAUUUUGUUUCUGACUAAGCGGAGAUAUUGUUAUUACUGUUGAAACUCUCUGUGAUAUGGAUCAGCUAAUUCAAAUGAUAGAAUCACCAAUAUUCUCCAGUCUUCGGAUGCAUAUGCUUGAUAAACGAUUCAGUGCUGAUCUUCGCGAAACUUUAUAUUGCCUACUUAUGUGUCUUCCACAAACAGAUGCCUUUCAGACACUUUGGCGACGCUUACAAUGCUUACCACCUGUGGAAUAUAUUUCAGAUAAUCCAGUGUAAUAAUUAUUUUCUUUAGUUUCUAUUUAUUUCCAGAUGCUCUGUGCAAUUAUAAGAUCUGAAACACGGAGAAUUAAAUAUUGACUUGGAGCGUUAUUAAAUGUUAACAAUGACCUACAUGGUAUAACAAGAACUCAUUUAAGUAUAGCUGGAUGUGAUUAGCAUUUUAUUUUCCAGUGUUUGAAAUCUUAUGAUUAUCUUUCAAGAGUUAUAUUACCUACUUGACAAUGUUUUAAAACGUUAAAUUCUUUAAUGAGACACAGGGUAGGGAUUUUCCCAUUACUGUUAUGACUGACUGUUUUUGUUCUUUUGUAUUGAAUGUCAUGUUUAAAGAAUUCUCUAUUAAUAGUAGUCAUUUUAUUCUGAUUUUUGCCUGUGUUGUAUGAUUUAGUAUGUCUUAUUCUCAAUUUUUGAGAUUUUUAUGCAUUACUGCAAUCCGUUAUAAGUUAAAUGUGUUUGCGACCUAAUGAAUUCACACCUACUGGCUUUAUAUAGCAAAUGUGGGUAACUAUCUAUGCUACUUACUAAUAGAAAGUAGUUUGAUAUCCCAAAAUUUAAUAAAGUGGAGUCCCCUUGAGUGUUAGUCUGUUUAGUAUAAUAAAAGCAAAAUUGUCAUAGUGGACUGUUAUUCAUUCGAUUUGUGUAUAAUGAUUUAGUUAUCGUGAAUAGGAUUUCCAUAUUGAACUAAUAUUUAUUAUUAUAAGGUAUGAAUUUUAAAACCAUUACUUUUUGUAUUGAUCCACUCUUUUUUAAGUAGUCGGAUUUCAAAAGGUUCCCAGUCUGCACAGAAUGUAGUUAGUGUGUACAUCAACUUUAAUGAGUUAUUUGAUUACUUUCAUUCAAUUCAGAAGCAAUCUGAUGAAUAUCGUUUGAUGAAAAUGAUAAAUCACAAUAGGAAUGGAGCACAACCACAAAAUCAAAAUAACUAUACAACAUCAAAUGAAAAUCGUUCAAAUAGAGGUAGUCUUGGAAACGAUUUUAAUAAACUGGCUGUCUCCGAUGAAAAGCCAUCUGAUAAUAUAUAUCCGACUGAUAUUCAAAGGAAAAUUGAUUCUAAAACCACUGUUUGUUCAGCUAAUGAUUAUCUUACUGCGGUAAAUUUGUUUGCUUUUUGUAAUAUUGUUUUAAUUAUUUUCGCGAAUUAAAUAAUAUUAAUCUUAAAGAUGCUCCCAGCAAGUACAAUAACAGCUUCCGUACUCGCAGCAUCAUCUCCACGCUUUCUUAUAGCCUAUUUUGAUGACAGGAAACUUAAUUUAUGUAACUGAUGUAAUGACAUGUGCAAAGUGUUUUUAAAUUACUAAAGCUAAUGUUUAAGUAUGAACUUCAUUUAUGGAAAAAAAUAUUCAAGGGGUUUUCAAACAAACCACUUCUUCUUAGUGUCUUCUGAAUCGUUGCUCAAAAGUGAUUUCAAGGUUUCACAUACCACUUUGAUUUAUGUUUCUCAUAUAUAUAAUCAAAACAAAUACUUAUUGUGUACAUAAAAUUAGUUAUUUGUGUCUCUUUUUUCAUGUUGGAUUGACUUGUCAAUGUUUUUAAGUGAAAGUUUUUAUCCAUUUCAUCAGAUACUUCAUCAUUUUGUAGUUAUUCCGUUGAUUACUUUGCUCAUUUGCUACUCUCGCUGUUGGAUUGGAAAUUCAUUUUCAACACAGAUGUGUAUUGUCCAAGUUACCAUACCUCAACUCAGCACAGCAAGGAGAGAGAAAUGGGAAUAAUACCCAUGACAGUCAUCACAAUGAAUAGUAUAAUUAAAACAAACAAAUAAAAUUGAUUAAUGCGAAGUAUAGAGUGAAUGCUAUCGUAGUUUUUUAUUUUCGCUUAUAAUAUUGCUCUCACAAUCUAGCAAACGGGUUGGUAAUUUCUUCAAAACAUUUUCUAUUAAAUUUGUCAAUGUGAUUCACAGUGUAGUGAGAUAUUUAUUUUUAAUUUGAGAAGACACACUAAUCAAGCUGAAUUUUCAUCUAUACUAUCGUUGAUGUACACCUAAGUGCUUCAUAUUCAGUUUUAUCUAAUAAUAUCCUAAUAUUAUAUUUUUUUCGAAAUCUUUUUUUUAGAGUUUUGCCAAUCUAGGAAUAAACAUUGACUAUGGUGCCCCAUUAAAUAUCGUUGAUUAGUUGGGUCUUUGUCCGAAUUGUUUGUAUGUUGAAUAUGACACUUUUUAUUGCCUUUUGGAUUUUUAUCUUUACAUGCACACGACUCUAGGUGAUCACUUCUAUUCACGUGUACUAUGUUAAAUUGUCAUUUUGUAAUACUUCUGAAACUGCGUAUAACUGGUGACUGAAAAUAUGAUACAUUUACAGUCACUUCAUUUAUUUUAACUUUUCCCUAAUUCAUAAAUAUGAUUUUUCUUCAUUAUCAGUUUUUGUUCUUUUGCCAACUGUGAUCGAUAAUACGAUUGGACUUUCUU